GGCCGGCUCUGGUUCUGGACUCCGCCGGCGAGGUGUGACGCAGAGGAACUUUGCGGGCACUGGGGCUGCGGGUGCCGGCUCCCAGAGUCCGCCCCCUGCAGCAUGAUCGUGGCAGCGGCGGCGGAGCGGAACAAGGAGCCCAUCCUGCGGGUGCUGCGGGACUACGUGAGCCCCGGCGCGACCGAGGUGCGGCUGCUGGAGGUGGCGUCGGGCUCGGGGCAGCACGCGGUGCAUUGCGCCCGGGCGCUGCCCAACCUGCUCUGGCAGCCCUCCGACGUGGAGCCCAAGUGUCUCGAGAGCAUCUCUGCGUUCAUUGCGGCGCUGAGAGUCAGGAACGUGAGGCCGCCGAUUUUCCUGGACUCGUCCCAGAGCUGGGAGACAUGGGGUGGUGUGAGGCCCAACACACUGGAUCUCAUUGUCAACAUCAACAUGAUGCACAUCUCUGAGAUGAGGUGCACUGAGGGUUUGUUCAAAGGAGCAGGGAAACUGCUGAAACCCAAAGCUGUUCUGAUCACCUAUGGGCCCUACGCCAUCAACGGACGGAUCAGCCCGCAGAGCAAUGUAGACUUCGACUGCUGUCUGAGGCAGAGAAAUCCGGCCUGGGGCCUUCGGGACACGGCUCUGCUGCAGCAGCUGGCCGAGGCCAACGGGCUGUGUCUGGAGAGGAUGGUGGACAUGCCCGCGAACAACAAGUGUCUCAUUUUCCGCAAGCAGUGACCUGCGGCGCCCGCCCCAGGGGCCAGCUGCCUGCUGAACUGCACCCCGCGGCUUUUCAGUGUCCAUAGCACUCUGUGGGUCUUUUCGUGGAGCUGCCCUGCCGGAGACGCACCGCCGGGAUUGAUACUGACUGACUUUAGGUGGAUGUUGCUGCUAAUGUGCGGUGGAGGGCUGUAUUGUAUGUAGCUCGUGUUCCCGCUCCCCAAAGCCCCCAAGGAUGAGGCCACAAAACCAGGGUCUCUAUUGCAAGCCCACCUGCGCUGCUUGCUUCUACCUACCUGAGCUGAUCAGGUCUUGGCAGCCUACGGUGGCUUAUUGUCAUGUCCCAAGGGGUGAGGGGACCGGGUGAGGAAUAAGCCACCUAAGUGGAUACACAGCUUGGGUCACCUCUUCCACUGGAAUGUAGCCUCUGCAGUCGAGCCGGGUCUACCCGUCUCUCUUGGUGACUGUUCCACAGCCACCAUGGGCCUCAGCUUCGUUUUAGUUACACUUCUGUAGCUCUUUAUUUUUCUCUGCUCAAACCGAAUGUUCUCUGAGCUCGAAAACUAGCGGUGCCAUCUGGCUACCUACUAAGUGGCUUGGUAUCAGGAGCUGAGCACCCACAGCUCCUAUUGACUUGAGCAGGUGCAAGAGCCUCUGACCCCACACCAGCUUAUUUAGGGGCCUCACCUCAGGUAUGCUGGUCCUGACAGACUGGCCCGAGGAGCUGUUGUGCCUAGUCAUGUGUAGAAGGGAAGCAUGAAACAACCCGCAGGCCGGCUCGCUGGCCAGUCUGAAUGCCUUCCACCCUCCCCCCACGUGCCCCCGCUUUGUGAGCAAUCCCAGGCUAGGCUGCCAAGGAGGUAAUGUGAACGGGGACUAAAAUAUAGGGGUGGAAGUUUUCCAAAGUGCCUAUGUGAUUUAGGGGUAUAGGUCCUCUCACUCUUUGAAGGGAAUUUGGCUCCUAAAUCACAUGGGCACUGGAGACUCACGCUAGCUACUGUACUUUACAAAAAAAAAAAAUUCCUGCAUGGUUGCUGUAGACUGUGAGGGGCUCCCUCUAGCGGCAUGAGUGUGGCACGGUAUUGAUUUGGGUUUCAGGCGGGGAGGACCAGUUCCUCCAGGGAGUCUGCUGCACUGGAUCAUGUGGCCUUUGGCACAAUAAAGAAGUUGCUUUUGCUGGUA